AUGGCGGCGGGCGCCGGCGGCGGCGCGGCGGCGCCGUUCGUGUGGAAGACGUACAUGAUGGUGGAGGACCCCGGGACGGACGGGGUGAUCGGCUGGGGGAAGGGCAACAACAGCUUCGUCGUCGCCGACCCCUUCGUGUUCUCGCAGACGCUGCUCCCCGCGCACUUCAAGCACAACAACUUCUCCAGCUUCGUCCGCCAGCUCAACACCUAUGGUUUCCGCAAGGUUGAUCCGGACCGGUGGGAGUUCGCGCACGCGUCGUUCCUGCGCGGCCAGACCCACCUCCUGCGCAACAUCGUCCGCCGCGGCAGCAGCAGCGGCGUCGGUGCCGGCGGCGGCGGCAAGAGGAAGGACGCAGCAGCGUCCGGCAGCCGCGCCGAGGCCUCCGCCUCCGGGGACGACAUGGCCAUGGUGGCCACGGAGGUGGUGCGCCUCAAGCAGGAGCAGCGCGCCAUCGACGACCGCGUCGCCUCCAUGUGGCGCCGCGUGCAGGAGACGGAGCGCAGGCCCAAGCAGAUGCUCGCCUUCCUCCUCAAGGUCGUCGGCGACCUCGACAGGCUGCACCGCCUCGUCGGCGACGCCGCCGCACCGGACAACGGGUUCACCUCCGGCGGCGAUGCUGCCGAGCCGCCCUCCGCCGCGGAGGGCGGCGAGAAGCGGGCCAGGCUGCUGCUCGACGGUGACAACAUGGUGGCGCUCGGCCCCGAGGCUGUCGACUUCGCCGGGUUCUACAGCAGCGGCGGCGUGUUCGGCGACGUUGCCGUGGAUGCUGCCGUUGGAUCUGCCGGUGGCGGGUGCUCGUUUGCGUUCGGCGGCGGGUACUGA